ACGUUCUGACGUCCGCCAUUUUUUACGCCUAAGGUGCGACCUGGAAGUAAAUAGUCACGUGUCAUGUCAACAAACCUGCCCUCAUGGAAACACAUGUGGAGUUUCAGGUUUUUAUUUGAUCAAAAAUAGGAAACAUAUUACUUAGCUACUUAUGUUGACUGCAACUAUUCGUACGUUAAGUUUUCGUGUCGCCGGUCUGAAUUAACUUUGUUAAGCUAACCUUGUUCAGUUCCAGACUGUUUGUAGAAAUGAAAGGGGGGAAAAGGAAACAGAACAAGAAGAAGGGAAAUGCGGUCUUACAGAAGUAUAUGUGUGCGGUGGAUGAGUUUGUUAAAAAUAUUAGUGAUCAUGAAGAAGCAGACAGAGACCAGAGGCUGCGAUCCGUGAAAACCAAAAGCAGAAAGGAGUUACGCAAAGAAAAGAGAAGACUGAAAAAAGCCAAAAUGAAAAGUCACUAUGAAGGGAAAAAGAGCGUCAGUUUUGCCUCAGAUGUUGGGGGAAAGUUGGAAGUCAGAUCUGAAAAUAAGCACCAGACCCAGAAGAAGAAAACUGAUCAAAUAAAAAGAGAAGUGACAAAAACCCUUUCAAACAAGCACCCUGAGGUUCCUAAAGAGAAAACGGAGUCAUCUGGACCUAAAUCCUCCUCCAAGAAAGGCAAGAAAAUUAACAAGCUUCAAGAAUCCAGAAAAAUGGCACUGCUGGAGGCAAAUGAACAAGAGGACAGAGAGAUAAAAAAGCUGGAGCGAUGUCUUGGAUUAAACAAAAGGAAAAACAAGAAAAGUCUCCCUCAGUCUUUUGUGACCGAUGGACUGGACUACAUCCUUGGAGUCCUCGACUCCAGCUCAUCUGGAGCAGGGAUAUACGACGGUGAGUUUGAUGAAGAUGAGGAUAUGGACACUGCAAGAGAGAACUUUGAAAAACUGGAUCAGGAUGACUCUCUUCUGUCAGAUGAAGAUGGGGAAGCUGAGGAUGACAUAGCGAGUGAGGAAAGUGAUGAUGCUGAAGAGGAAGAGAUGGGGAGUGAGGAAGAUGAAGAGGAGGAGAUGGGGAGUGAGGAAGAUGAAGAGGAGGAGAUGGGUGACGAGAAUGAUAUGAAUGAAAGUGGAGCUGAUGCUGCUUCAGGAGCUGAAAGUGAGGAGGAAAGUGACGAAGAAGCUUCCCAUCCUGACCAAAGAUCGGAAAUUGCCACCUCAAUAACUGGCAAGUAUGUCCCACCUCAGCUGCGAAAUAUCACAGAUGACAAACGCAAAGCUGAGCUUGAAAAGCUGAAAAGGAAAGUGAAAGGCCUGCUGAACAGGCUGAGCGAGGCCAACAUGGCCUCUAUCUGUGGUCAGCUGGAGGAGCUGUACAUGAGCUGCAGCAGGAAGGACAUGAACGACACGCUGACGGACGUUCUGCUGGCAGCCUGCGUCACUCCCACCCUGAUGCCCGAUAGGCUGCUGAUGGAGCACGUGCUGCUUGUCAGCAUCCUCCAUCACGCUGUGGGGCUGGAGGUCGGAGCCCAUUUUCUCGAGACAGUCGUGCGGAGGUUUGACGAGGUCUACAAGAACUCCAGCGAGGACAAAGAGUGCGACAACCUCAUCGCCAUCGUCGCUCACCUCUACAACUUCCAGGUGGUGCAUUCUGUCCUCAUUUUUGACAUCCUGAAGCUACUGGUGGGAACUUUCUCAGAGAAGGACAUCGAGUUGGUUCUGUUUGUGCUGAGGAACGUCGGCUUUGCCCUGAGGAAGGACGACGCGCUCGCUCUCAAGGAGCUCAUCUCUGACGCUCAGCGCAAGGCCAGUGACAUUGGAGCAAAGUUCAAGGAUCAAACCAGGGUGCGAUUCAUGCUGGAAACCAUGUUGGCUUUAAAGAACAACGACAUGAGGAAGAUCCCAGGGUACGAUCCGGAGCCUGUGGAGAGACUGAGGAAGCUGCAGAGGACCCUGAUCCGCAGCAGUGCUGCAGGCAGUGACCUGAAACUGAGGGUGUCUCUGGAGAACAUCCUGAAAGCGGAGCAGGUGGGCCGCUGGUGGAUCGUUGGCUCGUCGUGGAGUGGAGCGCCGAUGAUCAGCAAGCAGGAUGACACAACCUCAAAGCAGCGUGCUGCUGAGGGACAGUUCAGCCAGAAAGUGUUAGAGCUGGCCAGGAAGCAGAGGAUGAACACUGAGGUCAGGAGAAACAUCUUCUGUGUCCUUAUGACCAGCGAGGACUACCUGGAUGCUUUCGAGAAGUUGUUGAGAAUGGGUCUGAAGGACAAGCAGGAGAGAGAGAUCGUCCAUGUUCUGAUGGACUGCUGCCUGCAGGAGAAAACCUUCAACGCAUUUUACGCCAUCCUAGGAGAGAAAUUCUGCUCCCAAGAUCGACGCUUCCAGAUGACGUUCCAGUUCUGCUUAUGGGACAAGUUCAAAGAGCUGUCAAACCUUCCCAGCUGUGCAUUUACCAAUCUGGUCCAGUUGGUGACUCACUUUCUUCGGAAGAAAUGCCUCUCACUCUCCAUCCUCAAAGUGAUAGAGUUUGGGGAGUUAGAUAAGUCCAAGGUGCGUUUCUUACGUCAGGUCCUGACGAAACUACUGAAAGAAACUGAGCCAGAGGAGAUAGCCAGCAUAUUUGGGAGGAUUUCAGGAAUUGCUAAACUGGGAUUGCUGCGAGACGGCUUGAAGCUUUUCAUCAGUCACUUCCUCCUGAAGAACUCCCAGUCUCAGGGACCGGCUGAGCAUGCCGCGUUGCUGCGGGAGCGUGCUCAGGUCGCCACCAAGGCUAUGGAAACUAAAGACACCAAGCUCAAACUGUAAAACAGACCCAAAGUUUGUGGCAUUAAAAGCACCUAAAAACACUCAAUGUUGAAAUACAGGGCUGAAAGCCACCUUUGGUGAUCUACGACAACCAACUAAAACAUUUUGCAUUCUCUGAUUUGUGUAUGUAAGAACAAAAAUGUUUUGUUUCCAUCUGCAACAUACACAGAGUCUAUCUUUGUAAAUUUGUUUAGCCCUCCGACACUCUGGAGGAGCGCAGCAGAUGUCACGGUCAGACAGCAGGUAAACAGUUGGGGGAGGGGUGUCCCGUCAGACCAUCAAUUCCCAAAACCACACACACACAAAAAAAACCUGAAAAGCUUCUGGGGUCCAACUGACCCCAUCUCUUAAGACCGCGGGAGGGUUAAAAAGAAGCAUAAUAGUUUUUCUCCAAUUAACUUUUUGUGAAAAUCAUAUUAUACAGGUACUGUACGAUCAGAGUUUGACUUUUUUGUGUGUAUUAUUUUUAUUCCAAGCAAAAAAAAAAACAUUUUUACAUUUAAAACUCAACUGAACCUUAACUGUGUGCUUUGUAGACUUUUUCCCCUUUCCUGUGUGUUUUGACCUGAACACUAAGAGGUUGUGGCGUUGCUCUUCAGUGUUUACAUGCCCUGAUAAAUUGACUCGGGGACGCUGAAUAUGGCCUGUCCUGUUCGUCUGCUGACACCAGUAUAUUUCCCACAUGGUUUGCAUAGCAGAGUCAUUCUGUUACAUUUGAUACUUGCUCCUAUAAAUUAGCUCUGUUGAUGCCUGUAUUAUUCUAAAGGCGUAGAGCGGGCAGCUUGGGGGUCAGCAUCAGGCCAGGUCAACCAGAUCAAGUGUUUGUCAGUUCAUGAAGUAGACUGCUGCUGAUAGGAGGUCGAACUUUUUCCCAUUUAAAGCCAAGCAUUCAGUGAUGUACACAAUGUUAAAAAAAUAUAUAUUAAAAGGUAAAAUAUUUACA